UAUUAUAUAUUAUAGUAUGGCGCGUACAGGUGUUUUAUGUUUGAUCACUGUUACUCAUAUCUUUACAGUAAGUAUACUGCCAUAUACCUGAAUCUGAUAGAUAUAAUAUCUCACCUGCGCGCUACCUGCGCGCUGCAGCGCACAGGUAAAAUUCCCGCUAUAGGUAUGUAUGUAUAUGUACUUUUAUAUAUAAAAAAGUGUAUUGGGUUGGGCGGCGCAUCGUCCGUCGUCGCUGUCAGUCUACGUCUACGUUCUAAGCUCGGGUCCUCUUUAUUCGGAGCAUCAGCAAUCUGCAUCGCUAAAGCAAUAUAUAGCAGAUGUGACGAAACGGUCUAAUAAACGACGUGUAGAAGGCGCAUCAGCAUGUCCUAUUAUAUCUGAUAAUACUCCCUCGUGGAAAUCGUAGUUCCCCGACAGUGCGAAACCGUCGAGGUUCAGGGAUGAUGGCGACCUCCUCCGUCGAGGAGGUUAGGAACGCCGAGCCUCGUCUCCAGGAGGCUCCGUUCACCAAAGGAAAGGGUCUGAACCAAGCCAUGAUAUCGUAUGAGGAGAUAGCCACUAAAUUGCUCAGUGAAAGAUUGCUCCUGACUGCCUUGGAGCUUCAUGCUGAACUAUGCGAAGCUGAUCGAGAAUUGCCACUGCUUAGAGAUUUUUUCUCGAAUCCCAACAACUUUGAGUGCUUAAACAUGAAGCCAGAGCCAUGCUUACCCAUACGUAAGAACUCAAGAUCAUCCAGUCAAGCAACGUUAGAUUCUCUGGACAUGACAAGAUACUCUGAAGAUGGUGGUGGGGUGGAUGAAAGAGUUGCAGUUCUUGAAUUUGAGCUUAGGAAAGCAAAAGAAAAUAUUAAUUCCUUGCGAGCCAAUCUAACAGUUGUAACAGAAUCAGAAGUCAGCACUCCUGACAAGAACUCUGAGAAAGGUUUAUUUGAGCAUCCCAUCAAACCCCAUGAGCAACGAGCCUUGAAUUUUUUAGUAAACGAGUACCUAUUAGCCAAUUCUUACAAGCUUACAUCCAUAACUUUCAGUGAUGAAAAUGAAGAUCAGGACUUUGAAGACUGGCAGGAUGUAGGCCUAAACAUUCCAAAGCCUCCUGAACUGUUGCAGAUAUACAGAGAAUUCAUGAGAUCCACUGGAUAUGACAAGUCACCUUCUAGCACUGUUGCUGUACAAACUGAAGAAACAGAAGAUGAGGUGAAAGAGCAAGCAAAAGAGGCUGAGCUUAAUAAGCGUGUAAGUGAACAGGCUGAGGAAGUAGAAAGACUCAAACAACAGACAGUCGCGCUUGAGCAGGAGAAAACGAAUUUACAAGAGCUGUUGGACAGUGCUAAUCUCACCACUGCUGUUUCUGCCACUGGGCAGGAAGGUUCCGGAACUAUUCUGACGUUGAAUUCGAGUUCGACGACACCUGAUAAGUUUGAGAUGUUGGAGUCGCCACCCCAAGAUGCCUCGUCGUCCCAGGCAGCUUUGCCAGAGGCCGAGGAAGACGACAGCGCAUCAAUGGCCGUGAGUCUUGGUGAAACCGAGACGAGCGAACGCGAAUGGACACGGAUACACUUUCCCAGGGCUGAUCUAACCGAUAGCUCUGCUAACGAAUCUGAUUCGCCAUCUAGAUAUCUGCCAGCGAGUUUUAGACGCGAGGUAUUAAAGCACUGCCAGAUACCAGUGCCGGCGCACGCUAAUCAGGUCAUUGAGGAGCCGUUGAAGGAGGGUAUAACACGCGAAUGUCUGCCGGAUAUCGCAGCUCACACGCUGCCGCGCAUCAUUCCUAAUGUUAUCCUAAACAAACGUGAAGAGGUGAUAUCACUGCUGCUGAGUGUCGUCAAGUUACAGACUAGCUCCGUCGAGCGCGAAAAGCUGCUACAGAUUCUGUUUAAUCUACAAAAGAGGCCGCAAAAUGAAGAGAGGCACAUGGUGCUUGUUGGUUUGAUCGCGAUCGCCAAAUUGGAAAAAGAACCAACGGAUAACGAGGAGGUGCUAAAUCUGUGCUGGGAACAGAGUCAGCACAAGUACUCAGAACGACGGCUGUUGGCUGCUGAGUGUUGCGCCGCUCUAGCGAUUUAUACGGCCAGUAGCAUUAGAAACUCAUUGAUGAUAUCGAUGUUGCAGCAGAUGUUGCUCGACGAUAAGGAGCCCGUUGUAAGAGUCGCGGUUGUUAAAAGCCUGUCAUUACUCGUUGCUCUUAUGGACGAUCCCGAUAAGUACUUCCAAUGCGAAGAGCUGGCGCUGACAGCAAUGGAAGAUAUUUCGCCUGAUGUUGUGGAAGCCGCCAGCAGUAUUUUGCUUCCGAUUUUAGCUCAAUGGGCUCUGUCUCUGAAGAGGUUACAGUCCCAUCUGUUGCCGCGCAUCCUCGGCAAGCUUCGUAGCCUUGUCAAGCCAUCGGCCACAAACUCGUGUUCCCCGACUCGGGACUACCACGAGGGCAAUAGAACCGCGGCGCUGCUCGGUCUGUUAUACAAAUUGCUGCCCCAUACAAUUGUUUGUGUCGUUGAUACCGAAACUGUCCGCAGACGCAUGCAAGAGAGUCUAUCACCGCAACUGCCUCCUGAACUUACCAGUCUCUGCAACUCAACGAUAGUUGAUCCAAAGAUCUUUUAUGAGUGUGAGGUAGACAUUGGGAUCCUACUCAAUACAUUCCUCCUCAGUGCGUGGGGCGAUUGCACGUGGUCUGAAUUAGAAUGGUUGUCUGAAAAAUUAAUACUCGAUCUUAUUGAUAUUACUCUCUCCGUUAAUAUUGCACAAGAAAAUGUUGUCAACGAGCUUCUUACAUAUCUACAGUCACUGUGCCUGGGUUUCGGGAAAUAUAUUACCCGAUACAAGAUUCUACUGGCUUUCAAGCCACAUCUCGACAGAAUGAACGAAGAGUUGUCUGCGCUGAAUAAUCACAACCAAACGAUAAAUUUAAAUCUUGUACCGGCACACUUAUCGAUACUGUCUACUUUAGAUAGCAAUGAAUUUACCAAUGCUCUUAAACACUACCUCAUAGAAAUGGCGUUACGUGGAGCCGACCUUAAUGGUCUUCGGAUCGCCGUUGUAAAAUACUGUGCUCAAGACAAACUGCAAGAAUUUGUACUUUCGGGAUUAUGGGAUGGUGUUGUCCAUCAAAGCUCAACUGUCAAGUGCGCUACUGCUUCCCUUUUUAGUUCAAUUAUUUGUAAAAUCUCUAAUAAACUAGUCGACAUUCGAAUAGCACCGGCGGCAGUUACACUAGCUAGUGAUUCAGAUGCAUCCGUUAAAGCAGCUGCAGUGCAAGUACUGGGUAAACUUGUUACGGAGAGCAAGGUGCGCGAUGCAAAAGAUAAAGCCCGAUUAACGCUGGAAACAAUCGUUCGAGAUCCUCAGGGUGUUCCAAGUGUUUUAGCUGUUCCUUUGGUUUUAACCCUGGCCGCGAUAGCGCCCUCCUGCCCCCAGAAUUACGUUGAAGACGUGAUAGCAACCCAAUUAACUGGAAUAACUGCAUCGGCACUUCAGCAAAAUAGAAAACCUGAUUUAGCCAACGCUCUAGUCGAGGCUUAUUCUGUACUGGUGUACUGCACGCUCAGCAAUCAGUGCGUAAACAAUGCCAUUCUGCCCGGCCUCAAGUAUCUGGAAGGGCUAGUAAGUCAAGUAGUGCCUCAGCAGAAGGAUGCAGUGCGCUCGCUUCUACGGGAAAUCGAGUCUAAAAAAGAUAUGCCCAGACAAAUGGACAGGUCAGCAUCGAUGAGCAGCGGAAUUUCGCUAUCGAUGGCUACGGUAAAUGUCGGACAGGGCGUUGAAGAUAUGCGUCAGCGUGUUAGCAAAAUUUUCCAGCAGAAGACGAAUUCGCCUAGUAUGCCUAGCAUCUUUAGGAAAAAAUGAUAAGUAAUAGAACUAUGACCACGAUGAUAUUUUGGUUGGGCGGUCGGCCCCAUGUGGAAUCUCAUAUUUUUUGUUUAAUAAUUAUUAAUUAUUCUAUAUUUACAAUACAUGCGUUAAGAAAGAUGCUUCGUGCCUGAAUAACUAUGUAUUGGGAUUGGGAAACAUUUUCUUUUUAUCUCUGGUCAUUUCAUGGGUUAAAAAUUAUUCGAUUGUUAGAAUGCUAGAUUAAAUUAAUUGGCUAAUUUUUAUGUGAAUUCGGAUAUACAGAGAGGUGAAGAAUUUUGGGCAUCCCCUUUGUCUUAACUUGCUUACCUCGUUUUUAUGUACAUGACUACACACGUUUAACACCAAAAUGUAUUAAGACUUUUCAGAUAGAAAAGUAACAUAUCUUUCAUCUAUUGCUGUAUCAAUUUUGUGAUUCGUAAAACAAUUGUAUAAAAUUUUCAAGAACGUUUAAUGUUUACACGCACAGUACUAACGUAUAAUGAGGAAAUAUAUGUAAAUAUAUUUCACCGGCAAUGAUACAUUGAAUAUAAGCGCAAUGGACGGAAAAAUAACGAAAAUAAAAAAUGUACAAAGCAGGUUACUAUGUUAAGAAGUGAAUUGUUAAGAGGUCUGUUAUUAAUUGGUUCGUUGAGAGAGUUUACAAAAGUUAACAGAUAUAUCUCCAUAAUGUACUUAAUAUAUGCGUGUAAAUAGCAAGAAGAUGAUGGAAUCUUUAGAUCUUACGUCCCUUACUGCAAUGCGAGUUGUAGGCGAGAGAUAAGAUAGUUUUAUAUAUACAUAUAGUAUCGAAAUCUCGGAAUCGUGAUAAAAGAGAUUGUAUGUAUUUUUUUUCAUCGAAGAUGUAUUUGAUGAAAUUAUAAAUAUUUUUUAUAGGUAGGUAACUUCGCCUGGAGCAAUCUGAAAUUAAAUUCUAAAAGAUAAACGAGCACCUAUGCCUCCCUUGUAAUCCUGCAUAUUUUUGCAAUGCAUCUUUAAGUAGCAUAAUAUUUUGGAUGUGGAAAAUCAUCGCGUUUGUAAUAGAAUCAAAGUUACUCAUCUAAUAAGAAUUUUUUAAAUCAACUCGACUAAUAUUAAUAUUUAUAUCUAUAUAUUUUUGAACCGUGGAAAAGUGAGUUGAAAUUUAUUGCGACAUAAUGUGAUGAAAUAUUUUUUUGUGCGUAAAGUGAUUAUAUAUUUGUAUAUUUAUUGAAUGAAGUAUUCAUUAAAUUUUAUUGUAAUUAAUUCAAACUUCCAACUGGUAUUUUAAUGUUUUUCUAAUUGUGAUUUUAUUGUGUACAAUAUUUUCCGAAGAAGUUGCGAUUAUUUGUCUUUAUGUAAAAUUGAAAACAUUGUACUCCAAAUCUUUGAUGUAUGCUGCUUAUAAUUGUUUUUGUAACUAUUUUUUUUUUUAUAAAA